UUGUCAAACAUUGCCAUGGUUAAAAGGGCCGGAGAGAGACAGUGAUCAGGAUUCCGCUGUGGAACGUUCCCGGGAGGGGAAGCAUUGUGACGUCAACGCACCUACUUAGUCCUCCCUGUUGAGGGGGAGCCUGGAGCCAUGAGGUCAUCGAAGCGGCCAGUGUAACUAUCCCGAGAGCAGCGCCAGCAGCAGCGGCAGCAGCUUCAGCGGCGUGGGGGGGGGGGAGGGGAAGCUUGCCCAAGCAAGGCCGCCUGGGAUCUCUCGCAGCCGCACUCCAGCUGCAAACCGAGGCUCGCCGCCACCGCCGGGAGUUUCUCGCAAAAGCAUGGAGGAGGCUGACACGAAAGAGCUGCAGGUCGGCUCCUGGCUGCCUGUGCUGGUGGAGCAAAUGGUGAACGAUACCCUGGUGGUCACCUUGAGCUGCGGGGAGAGGCGGUUCACCGGGAUCCUCCUGGAUUGCACUAAAAAGUCUGGACUAUUUUGUGUUCCACCAGCUUCCUUACCAAAGACCGAGGAUCCUCUUAACAAAAGUUGCACUAAUGGGAAAACUGAAGACAGACCAUCCAUAGACCUGGAGACUGACCAGUGGUGUUCAGAAGGAAAACCCACCAAGGCCAACGGAGAGGAACAAGUCCCUCCCCUCUUGCCUCCACCACCAACGGGCAGUGUUCUUCCUUACCCUCCCUAUUUUGAAGGAGCCCCCUUCCCCCCUCCAUUAUGGUUACGGCACACAUAUAAUCAGUGGGUACCUCAGCCACCUCCGAAAACUAUAAAAAGGACAAAGAGGCGCUUGUCCCGGAACAGAGACCCUGGGAGGCUCAUCAUGAGCACAAUUAGGCUGAGACCAAGGCAAGUGCUUUGUGAGAAAUGCAAGAACACUCUGAAUCCAGAGGAGGGUAUCAAAGCCCACCAAAAUGCAAAAACCCAGAGGAAGCUGAGCAUCCAAGAUAAGGAACAGAAAAGACACAGCGAAUCUGAAUACGUAGAGAAAAAGAGAAAAAGAGAAAGGCGAGAGGAUGAAAAGUUUUCCGGGGAACAGCUGCAAAGGACUCCAGUUAUAAAAAUAUCUUACAGCACCCCUCAGGGAAAAGGUGAAGUUGUGAAAAUUCCCUCCCGCAUUCAUGGUUCCGGGAAGCCAUUUUGCCCUCAGCGACUUCUCCAGAAUGGUGGGGACAACCAAGAUGAGGCCCAAGACUCAGAACAAGAUCAGGAAAGCAAAUGUUUUCUGGACAAGCAAUCCGGUGGGCACCAUGCUUCCAUUCCAAAGCUAAAGUUAACUAGGCCUGUGCAUUCCAGUGCAGAUGUGCCCCCGCCCAAAAUCCGUCUGAAGCCCCACCGGCUCAGUGAGGGGGAUAAUGUUUCCAUUUACAAAGCCGAACUUAUCGAUGAGAUGAAUGUUCUUUCCAGCAGCGGAGAGUCUGCUGCUGUUGCGGCAGCUGCUUUUUACAGUGAGUCUGCAGAACGGAGUCUAGCUGAGAUGUCUUCAGGGAGUUCCUGUGAAGAUGAUGACUUCAAAAGAUUUCCUCGAGGCAAAGAUGGACACGAUAACUUGGCUUUUCUCAUGAAUUAUCGCAAACGGAAAGCGGACUCUUCCAGCUUGUCUGUGUGCAGCAAUGACAGCCUGGAUGAAUCUAAAUCUUCCAGUUCAGAAGUGGCAUCGCCAGAAAUAUGUGACUUUUUACCUGGGGAUGACGCCUCUGUCUCCUCAUCUUCUAAAGAUGACCGUAAAAUUGUGCCCCCACUGACUGUUAGACUACACACCCAAAGUGUCUCCAAAUGUGUGACUGAAGAUGGAAGGACUGUUUCAGUCGGAGAUGUUGUUUGGGGCAAAAUCCAUGGCUUUCCUUGGUGGCCCGCCCGUGUUCUUGACAUAAAUCUUAGCCAAAAGGAAAAUGGAGACCCUUCCUGGCAGGAAGCAAAAGUUUCAUGGUUUGGUUCUCCAACAACCUCUUUCUUGUCACUAUCAAAACUAUCCCCUUUUUCUGAAUAUUUCAAACUACGAUUUAACCGUAAGAAGAAAGGGAUGUAUCGGAAAGCUAUUACGGAAGCUGCGAAGGCCGUGGAACAUUUGACUCCAGAAAUAAGAGACCUCUUAACACAAUUUGAAACAUAAUUUUGUCUUCAAAAACAAGUAACAGAAGACAAGAGCACAGCUGUCCUAGAGUUUCACAAAGUCUGUAAACAUCCUGACACGCUUCCCUCGGAGAAUCGUGAGGUUUCAUUGCACAAGGCGGCAGGAUAAGUUUCCAGACUGGCCUUGCUCAUCAUCUGUGAAAGAGAGCUGGCACCUGGAUUGCUUAGGAAGUCUUCCAGAGGCUGGUCUGACCAAAUGUCAUAAGGCUACUUAACACAAGAGAAGCAACUUGACCAGUAGUAUCUCGAAGAAUUUGGGGUAGAAUGAAAUACUACACCUUGGAAUGUAUUUAUUACCUAUAAAAUGUUAGCUACUCUUUAUAAUUUCCCCAUUUCCUCCUCCUCCUCCUUCAUUAGAUAAACGUUGCUGCUGCUUUUCCAUAACAAGAUUUAUCAUGUACUCUUGUUUAAUUUUAACAAUGGAAAACUGUUGACUCCAAUUAUGCACAUUCUUGAGAAGGGAUAUGCAAUAGAAAGAAUCAGUGUAGUCUUAAACUAAAAUGGACUCACUUGUGUCUAUUAAAAUUUGGAAACUGUUGAACUCAACUUCUUUGGAUGACUUUUAUUAUGAAAAAUAUGCUUGAACUCUCAUUUGUCUAUUUUAGGAUUAUACAAUCUGCCCAUUGCCUUCAGACAUUCCAUGAGUAUUGAAUUAGGCAUCAAAUAUUUGAGGCGCAAUCAUACAAGGAGGCAAAUGUAACUUGUGGUUGCCUUUUAAAAUAAUAGUAAUUGUGCCAAGGUUUCUUAGUGCAGACCUGGGCAUCAUUUUAGUCUGGGAGAGCAUUGAAAAGGUUGAAUGCAUAUUGUGAGUCCUGUAAAAAAACACUUGCCAUGAAAGACUUCCCUAUUUACAAAAUGGCUACAAUGCUAGGCAUGGCUAGCCACAAAGCACCAUUUUACAAGAGAGCAGUCUUACUCUCCAUUCCGAGAAUUCUUUCCAAGAAUUCAUCAAAGUGUAAUCUUUGCAGUCAUUGCUGAAAAUAAACACAGUGUUUAAAUGCAAGAGAUCAGUUCCCAAUUUUAAAAAAUCUGAUGGGACCAAGCACUUAGAAGAUACCAGGAAGGGGACCUGGAGGCUCGUUGGUCAUGGUCACCACUUGCCUAUCCAAAACCUAGGUUAUUUGAACUUCCUGAAGUAUACAUGUCUAAGGCUUGGAUGGUUCCCCCACAGAUUUUCUUAAGCUAAUGGAUGCACUUUGUUGCUGUGGUUGAGUUCAACCAUAUCCUCUUCUAUCAUCUGUGAUUUUGUGGUUAUGCACCCUGUGCUUCCCUACAACUCCCAGAAUUUCCAGCAAUUAAUGGGGGCACCAGACAUCCAGCCAUGGAAUCAUUGAAUCUCUUGUUUCUACAGUGGCACCUCUCCCAUUCUUUUCAAAGGUCUGCUUUUUCAGACUGGGAAAAGGAAUUGUCAACCAGCUUUCUGGGUUUCCGCUAUUUUGGAAAAGCUGUUGGAAUUCUUGAAAACAUUCAGCACUCAGCUGUAUCUGGAUACAAGUAAUUAUUUUGGUAUUAAUUAGAAAUGAUCGAAUGAUCUAAUCAUCUCAGAAUUGCUUAUUGUUAGAAUAUUGGAUAGGCAUUUUAGACAUCCACAGUUCUACACAAUUGAGAAAUAAUUCUCGAAUUGUAGGGAAAUGUUAUUAUAUACAAACAGGAAUAUAGGAACAUAUGUACCUUGUUUCCCCCAAAAUAAGGCAUCCCCUGGUAAUAAGACCAGUCGAGCUUUUGAGUGCAUGGCAAUAAGGCUUUCAGGAUUCAAAAAAAUAUAAGACAAGUCUUAUUUUUGGGGAAAUACGGUAUAUUAAUAUAUACAAACGGGAAUAUAUUGGUAAAAUACUUGGUAUGCAGUGCUAUUUGCUGAUUUUUAGUUUUUAUUGCAUGCUAUAAUUUUAUAACAUUGGGGAAACUUAGUCGAUGUGAAGGUUGAAAAUUACUGUAGAAAACCCCCAUUUAUAAGAGAAUUUUCUUAUAAGAAAUCCCACAUUUUACUUAUUAUUUAUUUUCUAGAUUACGGUAGGGCUAUGCAGAUCCAAAUUACAAAAUAAUUGGUUUAAAAAAAAUAAUAAGGCAGGGUAGGAUUUAAAACACAUUUAGAAUUCUGAUGAGUUUGAAUUUAAAGGACUUAAAAUUUUGAAACAUGCUGCUUCAAGUAUAAAGCAACUGUUCUGAGCUUGAAAACAAACAUGUUUUGAUCAUUUGGAAAUCUAUCAAAUUAAGAGCAUGAAUGCAUAUUUUGAAAUGUUCUCUUCAUCCUUUACGUGAAGAUUAAACCCAAAGCUUGUUUUAUUUGGGCAGGAAGUAUAAGAACUGAACUGAAAUAAUAAACAUGAAAUAGAAGAAAACUCAGAAUCAGUACUGAGAACAGAAGCAGGCAAACUAUAGCCUUCCAAAUGACGCUUUCAUCAUGUGUUUCAUUUCACCAUUGUCAUGCUGUCCAGAACACUUAAUCAUAGUUUAGCAAUUUCUAAACGGUUAUUGUAUGAAAAACAGUGUAAUUUUUCCAAGAGGAUUUUGUGCUGCCCCAUUCUGAGAAUUGAUUUCAUCCAAACAACUCGGAUACCUCGAAUUCAUUCCUGUUCUAGGAGACUCAACUCCAAAAAUGGAUAAACGACUCGACUCAACUCAACCCCCUCCAUAAGAAAAUGGAAUGGUCCGCAUUGCUUUGCACUUUUAUCACUAAAAGGUUAUGGUAAUAGCAUUUAAAAAGUAGAAACACAUGCUGUGUUCCUUUCUUGACAGAUUUAUGAUAAACUGCCCACUGUGAAUCCGGUCUGCAUUUAACAUUGAAAACAGUCAACCAGCAAUUCUAUGUCUCAAAGGAGGGUUAAAUGUAAAAAUAACAUCAAAUUAAUCCUCUGGUUUUGCAGACAUUGUUCAUAGGAGGAAAAUGGGUUUGUGCUAAAUUACACAGAAACAUUUCCUUUGGUCAAAUUAAGAUUGACUGAUUAGUGAUACAUAUUAGUGAAGCUAUUAUUAAAUGCAUAGCCAAGUUAUUGUCGGUUUUAAUAAGAUUGUUAUUAUUAUUGUUAAUUUGUGCAAUUUCCCGAUUCUGAUCCAAAAAAUGCUGCUCAUUACGAUCUUUUAAAGUUUUGAAGAAUUGAAACUCGAGACUUGUCUUGAACAUUAUCUGCUUCUAUAGAAGUUUGCCUGUCUUUCAGUUCUAUCUAUAGAGACAUUGCAUUCUUUUCCCACCACUGCAAAUGGUAAUGACUUUGGGUUGGACCUUUUUAGAAGUAAUGCUUAGGCAGGGUGAGAGCUUCUAUCUAACCCUGAGAAUAAUGUUCUUCUGUCAGGCCUUUAAUUACAGCUGUCUUUUGCUAGUAUGCUUUAUCAUUUUGUGUUUGGAAUGGGUUUGGCUGAGAGCCAGUUUGGCCAAGAGUUUAAGGCACUGGAUUAGGAGAAGGAAAGUCCAGGUGCUACUCCUGCCUUAAGCAUGUCAACCAGCUGGAUGAUUUGAGGUCUGUGAGUCUCUCUCGACACUGGGAAGAAAACCAUGGCAAGUGACUUUGAAAACGUUGCCAAGAAAACUGGAGGAACACAUUCAUGCAGUUGCCAGGACUCAAGGCUGAUUUGAAGCCACCCAAAAGAAGAAGAAGAAAAUGAUUUAGCUACUCCUGAUUUCUGAUUUAUAGAUUAUACUUUUUAUAUUUAAGAAAGGUAUGGAAAUUGCUUUGAAUCAGAAGGCAAUAUGUAAAAAUAAAACGUUUAGAACAAAGCAAAAAGUGGAGACAAGCGAUAACUUGCUCAGAUAAUGGAUGAUGAUAUAAAAAGAGAAUGCUGCAUUGCAGGGUGCUCAUGACACUUGUCUCUUACAGUCAAGUCUAGCAGACAUUUUGUGCAUUGUUUCCCAAACCUGUUAGACUAGCAGUGAAAAUGUGAUAAAAUCAAUGUAUUGACCUUGGGAAGCAAUCGCAAUCACUUUAUGGGGUAUGUAAAAUUGGAUUGUAUCAUGUCUUGCUUGCUGGACAUUUAUUUGACUCCAUCACAAUUUUUAACUUCAGCAGGAUCAUCACAGCUGGAAUUGCACAAAGAUUGCUGGAGUGGCCAAAUAUAGCCCUCUGGUUACAGUGCAAGUUGCAAUAAUCAAAACUGGUCUUCACCCUUCUUCUGUCAGAGCUGCAAUGAGACUGAUGGUACUGUUUUGGAGAUUGAGUCCAGUACAGUAGAACACACCAACUCUACUCAUAAUUGCAAAUUCUGGGAUUAAUCAAACACCAGGCCUGCUAUUCACAAAGAGCAAUGUGGAACUAAGCAGCGUGUUAAUCAGCCUGCAACAAUGGGCAGACUGCCUUAAAAGUAUUCAACUGUUCAGAUCACGGAAGACAGAUCUAAGCACGGAGUGUUGAUGUCUGAAUGAGACACAGACAUUUUUAAUAAAAGAAGAUUGGCAAGGCUUUAGUCAUAUAGAAUGGGAGAAGGUUGAUUAAUUAACAAGAGUAACAUUGCUUAAAGUUCUGGAACAAAUUUAGCAAGUGUCAUUAAAAGAGCACCAUCUCACUAAAACAUAAUACUAUUAUCUUAUAUGUGGUAUACUUUUAAUUGUAUUAUCUUUCCUGGCUCAGAGUGGUUCCUCCCAAGUUACACAUAUCUUGUGAGACAUGCUAGUACUUUGGAAAAAUCUCAGUCAUUUCAUAAUUUGCAAAAUGGGGAAAAAAAUUUAUUACGGCUUUUGGGUGCUAGUGACCUAAAUUUGCAUUCUAGCUAAUAUUCUGGUGGAACCCUGUUGCUGAAUUAUCAUUACAUGCUAUUAUUGCAUGUAAUGUAAAAGCACAAAUGUAAUGAAGGUUUGGUGAAAGAAGGGAAUGUAUUAUAAGGAUUUAUUGAUAUUUUUUUUAAUUGUAAGUAGUGUUUUGAGCAAUUGUAUUCGUUUUUGCAAGUAGUAUGUAAGCAAAAAAAGGUCUGAUUUAAAGCUGCAAUAUAAGGGAAAACUCAGUUGGUUCUCUUGUAUGUGUAUGUAUAUUUCACUGCUCCAUUUUGGUAAUGCAAACUAUUUCUUGCCCUCCUCUAGUUAAAUAGUUUGAUAAUACAUUCUGUGGGAUCAAAUAAAAUUGAGUUUGAAUAUGAAGAUGUAUUUUACAAGUUAGCUUAAAGUGGAGAAGCUGAGCUACAAAAGCAGGCUGCAGAAGUCAAGUUUUAAAAAAUUAGUGGCAAUAGAGUUAGAACUGAGUUUGCAAGAGAAGCUUUAAAUAAAUUACUUUUCUCGGCAUUUAUUAAUCCUGAGCAAAAAUAUUUGCAAUUUUAUGUUAAUUUAAAUAACCUUUAAUAGCUGAAAACUAAAUUGGAUCUCUGUUUAUCCAUAUAUGUGAGUGUGUGUGUACGCGUAAUGGGAGUCACCCUGAAGCACAGAAAGACAUGUGAAUUGUCAGCAGUUCCUGUAAUUUUUGCAGCUGGGAAAAAUAUCUGAAAUGAUGAUAGGAAAGUUGCUGACAUUAUCCAUAUUUUAUCAAUUACAUUUUCCACAAUGAAUAACCUAAGAUCAGCAGGUCAAUUAUCAGAACAAUGCAUAAUGUAUAUAAGCUGAUGCUUUUUAAAGGUUGAUUUGGUUUUAGUUUUUCAAAAACAAUUUACGGGGGGAGUAUUUCUUCUAAAUGGAAAAUCAUUUAUCGAAGUUGAGCAUGAGUUUCACGCAUCCAAAAAUCAGAAAUCAAAAUGAAAGAAUUUUUUUUAUUGGAAGGAAGGUGAAAAAAUGGCAACAGAAAAUGUGUCUCUGUAACUCUUGGUUCAUACAGUUCACAUAAAAGGGGAGAGAUAUUAACUUCACUAUCAAAUUGGAAUCUGAACUUUUCUCCUGAUAUUCUUUCUGCAUUGACUGGUCUUGUUUAUAUCCUGGAGUUGGCUUCAUCAUUUACAAAAUUUAUACCCAUCAAGUUUUCUCGAGGGCUUAUAUUUUAUCCUAUUUCUCAUUCAAUUUUUUAAUUUCCAUUGUACAAAUCUCAACGGUGAAGAUAAAUAAACUGAAGAUGGAGAAUAGCAUUCCCAGCUGGGAAUUGACCGAUUUGCUGCUCUUCUUGCACCCCGUCUCCUAAGCAGGUCCAGGAACCUUCGAGGUGGGUAGAGCAGAUUUUGAAAGGUGCUGCAAGUAGAUGAGAGAGCUGUCAAGAGGAGAGUUGAGCUUCACAAGGAGACACCAGCUAACGCAACAUUGGACUUCGCCAUUUUAUGCUUCUUGGGUGAUUUUUCAAGCAUCCAUGCUUGUUCUCAAUUUAGGGAGCCAUGAAGCAGACGUUGUAAAUUACACCACAGACUGAAUAAUUAGAAUUCAGUACAUAGAAGCCAUGUUGGAAAGAGCAGGAACUUCAAUUACCUUCAUCCUGCUGCUAAAAUAACAAACAAUUCUUUGAAUUAUUUUGACUUAAAUAUCUUGACUUUUCCAUACAGAGGGUCUCUCCUAUUCCCCCAGGGUUGAUAUCAUGUGAGAAAAUAGACCCAAGUCACAAUGUAUCUCUUGGUAUGAACUUUUUUCUUUUGUGUAGCAAUUUAAGCACUAAACAUAAAUAAAUAAAAGUAGGUUCCAGAUUUAUCUGGUUUUGUGGUUAUUGACAAGAAUUCUAUCCAAAUGUUUAAUUUAAUAACUAGCAUUAAUU